AUGGAGUCCAAAACUCCACAGCCAGAGAAGGGGGAAUCGUUGCUGGUCGCCUCGCUGGCCGAGUUGGACCAUGUCGAUGAGACGCUCCUUGUCCAAACAUUGCAAGACUCAAUCGGUGACAAUAUUCGUGUGCAACUAUGGCAUCCUCCCAAGCUCGGCUUGCCCCAGCCAUUCUACGAUAAUAAAGGACGGCGGGAUAGUAAGGCCAAUAUCUACGGUCUAGCUGUUCUGGCUCAUCGAGAUGGCAAGACUGGCUUCCUGGUUGCAGAUAGAUUGACCAAGCGACAACUCAAAGGUGAUCCACGGCCGGGAGAGAGUUCGUUACUCUCGGUUGUGAUGGUUGGUAUUCGAUCACCUUCCAAGACGUCGAGAACGCACGCCGAUCAUGCAGAAAGCGAAACGACCGAGCACAUUCGUGUCAUUGCGAAGCGGCACACAAUCAAAAUUACAGAUUCAGCGGCAGUACUGAGUCUCCUUGAUAAAUUUGAGCUUUCCUACACGUUUCUUGGAGGACAUAGCAUCGAUAUCACGACCCGAUUAUGUGACUAUGGCCUCGAACUUCAUGAUCCGGAUCAUACAGUAUUCAUUCCUGAUACCGCGAUAACAACGGGACGUGAAGCCUUCGAACAAGAGACCAAGGCCGCACUACUAGAAUCUACACCCUUGCCGGCUGAGUUGGUCGCCAGUAUUGUCUCGCGCUUGGAUCAUCGCAGUAAACCUGAUUCUGGUUCCAUGGGGGUUCAGUCAGAGAACCUAGUCAUAUUCCUCACUUUUCCUACAACGGAAGACGAGUUGGAUUCAACGCAGUCAAGCCUACAGCGGGAGGUACAAAGGUGUUUAGAAAGAAGGACUACAAGUCCCGCGAAAAGGAAGAGAGAAGAGAGCCAGCCAGAUAUAAGAGUUCAAUUGAUCCCUUGGGAGCAGAAAUCCCAGGCGACACGAAGAGAUCUGGAGUAUCAUUGGAAAGAAAGGCAUGACCGCUCUCUCUGUCCUUUGAAUUACUUACUUGUACCCAUCACACCAUCCCGCCAGGCUCUUGCUCUAGGGGAUGCUCAAUUCGGGUCAAUCUAUCAUGGUAACGAUGGAUUUGUUUUGAUGGCACGCAACACUCUUGACCAAAUGGUAAAAACCAAAGUCAAUCACUUGAAUGGUCGUCUGAGCGAGGUUGCACAGCCACAAGAGGAUUUAAAAAAGGGUAACUUACCCGACUCAAGCCAAGUGGAGUUUUUGAUUGGACCCGAUGAACCUUUCUAUUACAAUCCUCCCCUGUGGGAGCCGGUAAAUGGAGAAGGGCUAAUAUCGAUUGCCGUCUUCUACUUGACCAACAAACUCUCCAUUGAUCAAAUCCGCGCAUUGAAAACAGAAUUACUCAUGGAUAACACACAACUCGACGGUCAAAAAGCGUGUUGCUUUGUACCCUGGGAAGACGGCCAUACAACUACGCUUGACGGAACGAUCGACGAUAUUUGGCGAAUAUUCUGGGAAAUGCGACGGUGCACAUCCUGUCAAAUGCCGAUCUUCUUCAUCGACGAACAGUCCGGCAUCGAUCAAACCAUUCUCAUGGUAGAUACGGAUCAUUAUAUUUGGCAACACGAUGAUGAACGGGCGACGGAACUUCUGAAAGACGUGGAAGAUGCUUCUACCAAGGGUCUUUUAUAUGGCCGUAUCAAAGGGCGUGAUGCCCAUGAUGGACAUGUCAAUUUGAGUAUGGGGAAUUUGAAUUUUGAUGAGUUUUUGGAAUCUUGUGGAUUGGAUCAGGAACAUCGGUAUCCUCGUCCGGGCUGGCCUGGGCAUGGGAUAUUGGAAAAUGAGGAAUGA